AUGUCUGACAGCGCUCCUGUUACACCAGCGGCUGGAAAGCGCAUCCAUUCACCUGAAGGAGAAUCUUCCAACAAACAUCUGAGGUCUGCUGAAACACACAAGCAAUCUGUCUUCACAACUCCCAGUGGAGCUGAUGCAUCAGCCAAGGCACAAAACCCAGUGUCUGCACCAGUGGAGACAAACCCUGAAGGUGAAUCCUCAUCAGCAGCGACUCUGUCGAAGAUUCAAUCUCUAUUAUCUGGAUCUCUUAUCCACUCCACUCCAUCUGAUCCAAAGAGACCCUAUACACCCCCAAACAUCACACUCAUCGCGCGGAAUAUCCAGUCAUCAUGCCUUGAUAAAGCUAGAGAUUGGAUCCCCGCUGAUGGAGAUGGAGUGGAGUCAAAAUGGGCUCAAGACCACAUCAUAUUCAAUCCAACAUCCGAACCAGACGAUGCUUCGUCGUUUCCCCGAUUCAGGUACUAUUUUGAUGCGGCAGUUUACGCUCUGAUGAGAGUGGUCGGUGCCAGUGAUAGGUGCAAAUAUGCACCUGCCGAUUUCAAUUCACAUGGUGACAUUCUGAGGAAGAGAGUGUCCGUUGGUUUAUCAGCGGUUUCUGAUAAUCUUCAGAUUAUCAGAUACGAUAAGAAGCCUCUCCGCGGGAGUGUACCUUUGGCACUUCCUGAUCAUCACCUACCUGACUAUGUCGAUGUCGAUAAGUCCAACAAACCUGACUGGCCAGCACAGAAGUUUGGCGAUCUCGACGUCAGACCAGUUCCGAACACAAGAGAGGAGCUGGCAAACGAGGCGAUUUUUCAGAAAAACCAACAGAGAUACAAAGAAUCUGGGUUGAAAGCACUAUCUGGAGUGCCUGAUCACGAUGACGAGCCACCAUCUGACGAAGCCGACGUUCAGACUUUAAUCAACGCAAUUGCGAGAACUGACGCAAACCCUUCCAGGCCAAGUCAUAGCCGGAAGGUCAGCCAACCUUCACCGCUGAGCGGGCCGCCAAUUAUGGCAACGCUGACAUCUCAGAACAAUAAAAAUUCUGAUGACGUCUUCGCAAACUCAGUUGUUGGAUUCGGGAAGGCUGACACGAAAAUUCUGAAGGCCAACCUUCAAAAAGCCAUUACAGCGAUCGAGGAGAUCGACGUUCUGAGAACAACUGUCUCCAAGCUGCAAAACGAAGUUCAAGCCGGUAUUCAGCCUGCUGAUAUUGAGCCUGCCGUCAUUCAAGCCGAUAUUCAAGCUGAUACCGAAGCAAAUGCCAUCCGAUCUGCUGAUACCCAAUCCGCCAUCUUCCAACCCGCUGACAUUCAAGCCGGUGCCAUCCAAGCCGCUGUCAUUCAAGCCGGUGUCAUCCAAGUCAGUGUCCACGCCGAUACCGAAGCUGAUAUCGAAGCUGAUCUGAAUCCUGUUCACAAUACAGAUUCAGUAGCUGAAAGUUCUGAAGCCAAUCCCUUGCUUGACACGAACCUACCAGUCAAGUACAGGUGGACAACAAGUCGAUCUUGA